AUUUCCCAGACUUAGCACAAUCUCAUCCGCUCUAAACAACCUCAUCAAAACUACUUUCUGGUCAGAGAGAAGCAAUAAUUAUUAUUAACAUUUAUUAACGAUCAAUAAACUCGAUUGCAUUAUGGCCAGCACUAUUAAGGAAGCCUUAUCCGUGGUGAGCGAGGACCAGUCGUUAUUUGAGUGUGCCUACGGAACGCCGCACCUGGCGAAGGCCGAGAUGACAGCGUCCGCCUGCAGCGACUAUGGCCAGACCUCCAAGAUGAGCCCGCGAGUCCCUCCGCAGGACUGGCUGUCCCAGCCCCCGGCCAGGGUUACCAUCAAGAUGGAAUGCAACCCCAGCCAGGUGAACGGCUCCAGGAACUCCCCUGACGAAUGCAGCGUGGUCAAAGGCGGGAAGAUGGUGGGCAGCCCCGACGCGGUGGGGAUGAGCUACGGCAGCUACAUGGAGGAGAAGCACAUGGCUCCCCCCAACAUGACCACGAACGAGCGCCGGGUGAUCGUGCCAGCAGACCCUACCCUGUGGAGCACAGACCACGUGCGGCAGUGGCUAGAGUGGGCCGUGAAGGAGUACGGCCUUCCGGACGUGGACGUCUUGCUGUUCCAGAACAUCGACGGCAAGGAGCUGUGCAAGAUGACCAAGGAUGACUUCCAGAGGCUCACGCCCAGCUACAACGCCGACAUCCUCCUCUCCCACCUCCACUACCUCAGAGAGACUCCUCUUCCACAUUUGACUUCUGAUGAUGUUGAUAAGGCCUUACAAAACUCUCCGCGGUUAAUGCAUGCUAGAAACACAGGGGGUGCAGCCUUUAUUUUCCCAAAUACUUCAGUAUAUCCUGAAGCUACGCAAAGAGUUACAACUAGGCCAGAUUUACCUUAUGAACCGCCCAGGAGAUCAGCCUGGACCAGCCACGGCCUCCCCACCCCUCAGUCCAAAGCUGCUCAGCCAUCUCCUUCCACAGUGCCCAAAACCGAAGACCAGCGGCCCCAGCUAGAUCCUUACCAGAUCCUGGGACCGACCAGUAGCCGCCUCGCGAAUCCAGGGAGUGGCCAGAUCCAGCUGUGGCAGUUUCUCCUGGAGCUGCUGUCCGACAGCUCCAACUCCAACUGCAUCACCUGGGAAGGCACCAACGGGGAGUUCAAGAUGACCGACCCCGACGAGGUGGCCCGGCGCUGGGGCGAGCGCAAGAGCAAGCCCAACAUGAACUACGACAAGCUCAGCCGCGCCCUGCGCUACUACUACGACAAGAACAUCAUGACCAAGGUCCACGGCAAGCGCUACGCCUACAAGUUUGACUUCCACGGGAUCGCCCAGGCGCUCCAGCCCCACCCUCCGGAAUCCUCGCUCUACAAGUACCCCUCCGACCUCCCGUACAUGGGCUCCUACCACGCCCACCCCCAGAAGAUGAACUUCGUGGCUCCCCACCCGCCGGCGCUCCCGGUCACCUCUUCCAGUUUCUUUGCCGCCCCCAACCCCUACUGGAAUUCACCGACUGGGGGGAUCUACCCCAACACGCGGCUCCCGGCCGGCCACGUGCCCUCUCACCUGGGCUCCUACUACUAAAGGCCCCCCGGCGGCCUCGCCCGACCGCCCGCAGUCACCCGUACAUUGCCACGGACUCGGACCAGAGCACACGCAUCUAAAGUGCCUCACGAGGGAGGAACCGGCGCUGUCCUGGGGCUGGGGGGAAGCGAGCCGGGGGAGACCCGGAGACUCGGAGUGGGAGACGGUGACUCCGGACGAAAGGCUCUCAACAUGUCAUCUGUAGGGACCUGUGACCCGCGGCCCGAUCUUGUCAAAGAUAUUUGUAUGUAGAAGCAUGAAGUCAUGAGGACACGUGCCAAAAUGAAAAAAAAAAAACAAAACAAGUAGCCUUAAGUAGUGUAUACACAGUAGCGUUGGGGACCCUGCUCCUACAAAUUGGGCUUCCACGAAAGCAAUAGACAGAACACAGUCUUGGCCUAAUAUACCCAAAGAAAACUACCUGUACUUUAUGAUAGAAACAUAUCCAAACCAAAGUCAAAACAGCAGGAUGAGAGAAGGGGCGGGGAGGAAAGAGAGGGGGAGAGACAGACAAGACGGCCAGGGCACCUGAACAGAUGUUGGCCAUGGAACUUGUGGGUUUGAUGUUUUGGUUCAGAUACUCCGCAGGUGAGGGAGGGCUACCAGCUGUUUCAAACUGUGAAGACGGCGCCACGUGUCCGUCUCCUAGACGGUAUUACGGGAACUACGAGCCAGAGGGUGGACGGGGGAUGUGGACCGGGUGGGUGUGUGGUUGUCGAUAAAGGGAUGGAGGAGGAGAGAGAGGGCGUGGAGGAGGAGGACGAGGAGGCAGGGAUGGGGGGGAAGAAACUUCUCAAGCAGUAAAGUCUGGAUUUCAGGCACCUUGGAAUGGCAGAGCAUGAAGCACGGAGUGUUAAGGAUUAACGCAGUCAGGGUUCUACCGGACCCAGAGUUCAGAAAGUGGACACAGCAGGCGUAAUGGAGGGAGGGAGGGAGUAGCACUCAGAACCCCAAACACACAUCUCUUUCUCUGUUAAAGAACACGUGAACUGGAAUUGUCUGAUAUUUAAGAGAAACAUUCAGGACCUCAGCGCGAGAGGGGGCUUUGCAUCGUGGGUAGACGGGCUCCAGUUUUCCUCUUUGAGUCGCAAACGCUGUGCGUUUGUCAGGAUGAAGUAUACAAGUCAAUGGUUUGUUUUUGUUUUUGUUUUUCUUUUUUUAUAUAAUUAUUAUAUAACUUAUGCAUUUAUACACUACGAGUUGAUCUCGGCCAGCCAAAGACACACCACACAAAAAGAGAGACAAUCCAUGAUCUAAUGUGGCCUUGAAUUUUAACUCUGUAAUGCUUAAUGUUUACAAUACCAAGUUACUAGUUCUUAGAAUGCAGAAUGUAUGUAAUAAAACAAGCUUGGCCUAGCAUGGCGUUAUCAGAUUGA